GUACUGCGUUUCUGCUGUGAGAGGACAAAAUGAUGGUCUUUUUGUACAUUGUGCUCGCCAUCGUGAGUGGAAUUUACUUAUUCCUGACAUGGAACUACAAACACUGGCAGAAGAGAGGAAUUCCUCAUCCCGAACCGGCGCUUCUUGUUGGGAAUCUUCCUGGCGGAGUGUCGCAAAAGUAUCACGUUGUGCAUGACAUACGGAAAAUAUACAAUCAAUACAAGGAGCAAUACAACUUGGUUGGCUUUUAUAACAUGAGACAACCGCAGUUUUUAAUUACCGAUGGAGCUUUGGCGAGAGAUAUGCUUAUCAAUAAGUUCAAGAACUUCCACGAUAAUGAAUUUGCAGACAUGAGCGAUAAGAAAAAGGAUCCAAUUUUUGGACAAAAUCCAUUUCUCCUCAAAGGCGAAGAUUGGAAGGAAAAGAGAGCAGAAAUUACUCCAGCUUUCACACAACUCAGGAUUAAAACCAUGUACCCAGUUAUCGAAGACGUCUGCGAGCGCCUGAAGAAAUACAUCUUGAAGGAAAAACAUCAGGCAAUCGAGACGCGAGAAAUGUCAGCGAAAUUCACCACAGAUGUUGUCUCGAGUUGUAUUUUUGGCAUCGACGCGGGAUCUUUUGCCGGAGAAAAAGCUCCCAUUCGCGAGAUGGGAAGGAAACUAAUGACUCCUUUGCCGAGAGUAAUCAUUUACUUCAUCCUCGUGCAACUGAUUCCGUCUAUAAAAAAGAUCUACAAACUCUCAUUCGUUGAGAAAAGUGUCGAGAGAUUCUUUGAAACACUAAUGAAAGAUGCAAUUGACUUGAGGAAGAAAAACAACACAAACAGAAUGGAUUAUCUUCAUUAUCUUCUUGAGCUUCAGCAGAGGAAGAAUUUGAAUGCACUUGAUAUGGUUGCUCAUGCAAUCACUUUCUUCAUUGAUGGUUUUGAAACCUCAAGCAUUGUCUUGUCUUACGCGCUCUUCGAAAUAGCCAGAAACAAAGCAGUCCAAGAAAAGCUUAGAGAAGAAAUAAGGGAAACUUAUGAGAAACACGGGAAAAUUGACUUUGAUAUUGUCAAUGAAAUGCCUUAUCUUGAGCAAGUCUUGGCAGAAACUCUUCGUCUUCAUCCGCCGGGAACAUUCUUGAGCAGAAUCUGCACACAAUCCUGCGAAUUGCCGCUCACAGAAGACCGAAUGAUCACCAUUGAGGAAGGAUGUGUUUUCAAUAUACCAAUUUACAGCAUUCAGCGUGAUGAACGAUACUAUGAAGAUCCCGAAACUUUCGUCCCAGAGCGUUUUGCACCAGAAAAAGGAGGCACAAAAAUCUAUAGGGAAAAAGGCUACUUUUAUCCUUUUGGCGAUGGACCGAGAAUUUGUCUGGGAAUGCGAUUCGCUCAAGCACAAUUGAAGGCAGCAAUUGUGUCGAUCGUGAGGGAUUUCGAGCUCACGCUUGAUCCUAAGACGCCUGAGAAUUACACACUGAAUCCCAAAGAAAUAUUCCCAACAAUUCUAGGCGGAACUUGGCUGCGAUUUAAGGAAAUCAAAGUGUAAUUAUGCCAAAUAAAUUAUUUUAUGACGACCUAAUGAAGCUCCUGA